AUGCGUGGGUUCACGAAACGAGGCGCGGUUGAGGCGACGAUUCGGUUGGAAGUGAAUGGGAUGCGCGAGAGGUUUAGGGUGGGGAAGGAUUUGGCGGAAUUGAUCGCGACUCGGUACGCGUCGAGGCGAAGGGUGAUUUCAGAGUUGUGGACGUACUUUUCGGCGAAUGAGUUGGUGAACGAGGACGACGUGAGCGAGGUGCGAGUGGAUGAGCCCAUGCGGAUCGUGUUCGAGGACGCGGGCGUGUCGCUGCCGAAGUCUCCAGAAACGGUCAAGUUUCAGCGCGUGUGCGACGUCGCGUGCGAAAAGUUUCUCACCGCGCUCGAGCCCCUGGAAAUCAAGUACAACAUCAAAACCUCCGGAAUAUCACCGUCAAAGCCUGAUUGCUACGAUAUCGAGGCCGAAGAGCCCGACUCUGGGCCCUGGGGUCUGGCGCCGCCGUAUGAGCACGAUUAUCGAGUGGCGAAGGACGUGGACGCGUGCGAGCAACACAUUCGUCUCGCGUUCGAUUUCAUAGACAGUCAUUUGGAGCGUCGUGACUUUCUUUUGCGCUUCGCUGAAAGUCCCAUCGACUUCAUCAACUCUUGCGUCUUAAACCAAGCUAAAGGGGUGUACAAGGCCGAGGAUGUGACGCAGGGUUCGGCUGACGAAGUGGAACUGAGACACGCGUCGCGCGCAUCCGACGCGUUCAGAGAACCUUGGGUGGACGAAGCCAUGUUGCGACUGCUCGAGUGA